AUGCCUGUAGUAAAUUGUUGUCUCGGAUGUCAAGGACCAAUGGCCGGGCCCUGUGGACCGAUGGCCUACCGCAAAGAGUGUAAGAAUGUUGGUCCCUGCUGCGCCCACGCAAUUGGUGCUAACUGUCAAGCGCCGUGUGGAGAGAUUGGGUGCAUCCAUGGGGCGCGCGGUGGAGUAGCUGGUUCAUACUAUACUUGCGGAGACGGGUGUAUUGGAGGCUGCAUGGGCGGAUUGUGCGCUAGCUGUUGUGGACCUGCCUGUGGAUAA